GAGAGAGACAAAAGAAAGAGCAAGUGAAAAUGGCCGCCCGUGAUCGAUAAUCGGACGGUGUGUUUUCAAAUAAAGUUUCGAGGAUAUUUGGCUGAAAAAAAUUAUCGAAAAUUGCGUGUAACGUGUGCCCCAGUGUGUGUUUCCUUAUAAGAAAUCAAAGUGCCGAAAAAAAACUGUAUAAAAUGGCCGUUUUAGCAUGUAGCCGAGCAAUCCUCCACUAACUGAUCUUCUAGUAGCAGCCAACUUCUAGGGAGUGAGCUACCCCCAAUAAACAACCAUGGCACAAACCCAGGGCGAAAUAAGGGUGGGUCCAGGAAACCAGGUAAAAGACAUUUAUGCUCGACUACCUGAGUACAGACCUGGAGUGCCCCCCGAGCAGCUAUCCCCGGAUCCAGAAGAUACACAUAUCAGAGAGGAAUUAAGGUGGGUUCCCGCAAUGACAAUGGACUCGGAUCUUCUUAUGUACCUGCGUGCCGCCCGAAGUAUGGCAGCAUUUGCCGGGAUGUGCGACGGCGGUUGUCCAGAAGAUGGCGCUAAUGCCGCUUCGAGAGAUGAUACCACUAUUAACGCACUGGAUGUGCUACAUGACUCAGGAUAUGACCCAGGCCGAGCCCUUCAGGCCCUAGUAAAAUGUCCGGUGCCAAAAGGUAUCGAUAAGAAAUGGAGCGAAGAGGAAACGAAACGUUUCGUAAAAGGUCUAAGGCAGUUCGGCAAGAACUUUUUCCGUAUUAGGAAGGACCUGUUGCCCCAUAGGGAUACACCCGAACUAGUAGAGUUUUACUACUUGUGGAAAAAGACACCGGGAGCGAAUAACAAUCGGCCGCACAGGAGGAGGAGGCAGGGCUCCUUACGGCGUAUACGUAACACGAGGAAUAGCAGGGGAGGUACGACGGCGGGAGGUCGUACCAGUGGGGCCGCCACCCCUGCCCCGGAAUCCACCGAUAGCCGACCGUCUCCGCAACCGGGGGAGAAAAAACCGGACGAAACCAGUUCGGUUACCGAGGACGACAACGAGAGCGAGGAGGACAGCGAUAGUCGGGACGCUAAUAACUAUAGAUGUUCCCAUUGUUUUACUACAAAUUCAAAAGAUUGGCAACCAGGAGGCAAAGACAAACAAAUCUUAUGCUGGGACUGCAGGACUCACUGGCGUAAAACCAACGAGUUGCCACCACUCACCGCUCCUUCCGCCACCGCUAACACUCCACCUGCCGAAGGACCCGAUGAAAGUCCGCAACGUAUGCGUACAAGAAAUAAAGGCAACGGCAAAGACCAACCGGCGAAUAACAAUAAUAGAGUGCGCGGAAAACGAGAUACACCUGAGCCCAAGACACCGAUCAAACAGGGAGGCAACGACAAGUCGGCCAACGGUCCGGGAACCCCUGCCAAGAAGGCCAAAGGCAAGAACGAGAAAACCGAAGCGUCCAACAAAAACAGAAAAAGAACUCAAGACAAACUGGACGACACUGACGGAGAUGAUAAAGACAGAGAGAACGUCAGCGUGUUCAAGAAGAAAAGAGAGAGAGCUGACAGCCCGGCCAGCGUCACUUCCGACUCUGGCUCCAUCAAUGACGACGCGGACAUCACGGAAAACAGCAGCCAAGAGAAUAGCAACGGUGCAGCUGAGUCAGCGCCAACAACUAACUCGGCUACUACUAGCGUGGCUACUAGCUCCGGACCAGCUACACCUGUCAGCACUAUAGUUAGUAGUACUGUAGCUAGCAGUGCUCCAAGUAUAGUGCCGGAGCAAUCGCCGAUAUCAAAACCGACCGCGAUAAAAUUAGAAGAAACGGAGCCUAAAGUACCGAGCAGCAGUUCUGUGAUAGCGCCCGCGGUACCUGUGAUCACUUCCAGUAAGAUUCAAACCGGAAUAGGGGCGGAACCUAUGCCCUUGAAUGUGUCUAUACGUUUGCCCGAAGAUAUUAAUGAGCGAAAGAGUUUGAUGAAACGUAACCUGGAAGGCCCCCUAGAAACCAAAGAAAACCUAAAAUUCAACCCUACGACUCUCCAGUUUGACGCCCCAAUAGUCAGCGAAGAAAUUAAAACCGAAUCUCCGCUAAAACAAGAAGUUUUACUGAAAAAAGAAGACAUUAAAGAGGAAAUUAAGGAGCCGAUGGUGGCUCACACUCCGCCCCAAUCGAUGCUGCAACCGAUAGACCCGAAACCUUCUCCCUUCAAAACCGAACUGAUCAUCCCGAAAGUAACGGUUGAAAAACCGAUUAUAAAAGAGGAACUCGACUCUAGUAACGACGCCUCGUUGUUAAGCGUGAGCUCCAAAGAGGAUUCUAGCAGUCAACCCCCGCACAACCUAGGAAUCUACAAAGAAAACUCCAUGUAUAUACACCCGAACAUGAACCUAAAAGAAACCAUCAGUUUCGGCAUGAAAGAUCCUCCUUUAAUAAACCACUUGCAGCCGAACCACGCGAUGAACCUCAAAGAAAACAAAGAACCCAUAGUGAACAUGAACCACUCCAGUUACCUGAAAGACGCCCAAUCGCCUUACGGUUAUCAAACGAGGGAUCGCGAGCCCCCCAGGGAGUCUCCUAACCCCACGGGCGGAACCGUUAUCAAACUGGAACCCAGGGAGGAACCGAUGGAAUUAACCAGUCAAACCAGAGCGGAAUCCCUGCCGUACGGAAGUUUACCACCGCUAAACAUUUCCCAAGGGAUGUCACUCCCUCAGCAUCUCACUCAACCAUCGACUCCUCGCGGUAAUGAGGAGGAGAAAUUCCGUCAAGAUAAACUGGAACGUCCAGAACGUUUGGACAGGCCGGAGUUGCAGGGUUCGUCCGCCCCCAUUGGUCAGCCGCCUUUGCCCAUGCAGUCCGGGAACUUGGUUACUAUUGGUGGUUCACAACCGCCCCCGCCCAUGAGCCAUUACGGGUUUAUGCCGCCCUAUGGUAGACCGCAUUCGCCCAGGGGGUUGGAUAAGUCGUCUGCUCAGCAUAUGCAACAGCAACAGCAGAGCGAGCCUCAGAACCUUAAAAUAAAACAGGAAGUUCCCGAUCAAUCACCUGUGCAGCAACCUCCCGUUAGUUACCCCGGCGGUUACCCGGGAGCCUCCAGUUUACCUCCAACCUCUCAGGGAUUACCCGCCAAUUCGGGAGGGUUCGUGGCACCGCCUCCUAGCCAUUUAACCGAUCCAUUACAGAGCUUAAAAGAUGUCAAGGUUCCUGGGUAUUUACCGCCGCCUCAAGCCCCUCAAACCCCCGAGCGAAGCUCCUCGGAACGGCCGCCCUCCGGUCCGGCCCUGGACGCCAUUAAAAAGGAACAAAUCGACUUCGGGGGUCCACCUACGAGCAGGGCCAGUCCGGCCCAGUCCGGUGGUAGUGAAAAAUGUCUUACUCCCAAGACCAGUAGUACUCCUACACCUCAAGUAAUAUCCCAAACGCCGCCCUUGAGACAACCCCCGAGCUCCCCGCACUCUGCGAUAAACCUAAUUAGUCCGGGAAGCAGUACGGGCAGUAUAGGGGGCAGUGCGACGCCCUCUUCACAUCCACCGGUGUCUUUGCCCGCCCCACAUCCCGCACAGCCCCAUCCUUCUUAUCCCGGUUCGAUGCCGCCGCCCCAUCUUAUGCACCCAUCAUUUUUACACUUUCAUGGUCAUCCGAGCUAUCCGGCAUAUCCGUUUGGUGCUUAUCCGUAUCCGUAUCCGGUGCCACAACCACAUGCCAUACCGCCGCCCACUUCCAGAGUUGAAAUGGCCGGACCACCUAAAAGCAUCGAUACGGUAAGUGCUACGGUAAUGUCGUCACAGCACAGUACCAGCAGUACGUUAACGUCCAAAAGGGAGACCAGGGAGUCGGACGAGCACGGCGGUGAGAGGCAUCAAAGUCACGAAAUGACCCUUACGCAUCACCAAAGUACUUCACAUAACAGUUCAAUACACGCGAGCGUCGAAAAACAACCGUACGGCGGCGGCAGUCACAGUAGCAUCACGAUAUCACACAGCACGAGCACCAGCUCCAGCCACCAGGUGCAGCACAAAGUCAACCAGAAAACCCUUCCACCUCGCUCCGUAUCACCGGGCAGCAGUCAGCAACACUCGCAGCAACAAACGAUGAUCCAGCAACAAAGUAGCUCGUCGACUACUUCCGGUGGCGGGCAACAGCAACAGCAGCAACACACGCACCAUCACACGCACACGCAUCACGACCGGAUGUCGCCCCAAAUGAUGGCGGCACGCGGUUUAAAACCGGCGCCGCCUCCCGGAGCACCGCCGCCCCAAGCCAAUCCACACCAUUUGAUGAUACAGCCGCCCAAUAUGGGACAUCAUCCGGGCGGAUUGGGACCACCACCUAUGACCGGAAGUUCGUUGGAUGCGCUUAGGGCGCACGCGGCCCAAGCCGCUGCUAAUAUGCAACAGCAACAACAGCAGCAACAGCAGCAGCAGCAGCAACAACAGCGAGACAUGCACCCGCCCAGCACCUCGCCGAUGAACCCACCAAAGAGCAUGUCCGAUGACGUGGUGAAAAUCGAGCCGGACCACGACGGUUCUCCGGAGGACGACAGCCAGAACAGCCCCAUCGGCCCUCCAAGCUACGCCGGAUUCUCAGAAAACAAAGAACCGGAAAGAGGUCCUUCGCCCGAACCGAGAAUCGAAGAUACGGAGUGUCACAGGAGCCAAUCGGCGAUUUUCUUGAGACAUUGGAACCGUGGGGACCAUAACUCGUGCACCAGGACUGAUCUCACUUUUAAGCCCGUGCCUGACUCUAAAUUGGCCAGGAAAAGGGAAGAAAGGUUACGCAAACAAGCGGAACGUGAAAGGGAGGAACGGGAGAGGGCGCAACAAGCACAGGCGAGGAAAAUCCAUACGCCAGAUAAGCCUGACGUUAAACCGCCUUCAAGGGGUCCCUUGGAAAGCAUAUCAGGUCCGUACGAAAGAUUCCCGAGACCGGGCAGCUUUUCAGAUACCCCGGCUUUAAGGCAACUCUCCGAAUAUGCCAGACCGCACGCUGGAUUCAGUCCCGGACAUAUGCCACGGUCUUUGCUACCUCAUACUGUGAUGGACCCGAUGCUCCAGUACCAGCUGAGCAUGUACGGACCGAGCGCGAGAGAGAGACUAGAACUCGAACAUCUCGAAAGGGAAAAGAGGGAGAGAGAAAUCCGAGAACUCAGGGAACGAGAACUGAACGACCGGCUAAAAGAGGAGAUAAUGAAGUCGGGAAUGCGACCGCCGAACACGGUCGAUCCCCAUUGGCUGGAGAUCCAGAGGAGGUACGCGGCCGCCGGUUUGGCCGGACCUCCCGGAGGUCCUCCGGGACUAUUGCCGCAUCAUUUCCUUUAUCCGGGAGGCGGAGGUGCCGCCCAGCUAUCGCAAAUGGAAAGGGAAAGGUUAGAACGGUUAGGAAUUCCACCGCCCGGUGCUCCCGGCGGACCUGGGGGCGGUCCUCCCGGCCACCCCCAUCACCCCGCCCACUUGGAAGCGGCGGAGCGGUUAGCCCUCGCCACCGAUCCCAUGUUGAAGGUACGCCUACAGAUGGCGGGAAUAUCGCCCGAGUAUCACGCGCAUACGCACGCGCACACCCACGCCCACACGCACCUACAUUUGCAUCCGCAACAGCAGCAGGCGCAGCAGGAGGCGGCUGCGGCCGCGGCGGCCGGAUUUCCUCUUCCAGCUUCAGGUACUCCAGGCUACCCCAGACCCGGCAUGAUACCCGGUAGGGACGGCCCAUUAGGUCUGCACCAUCCGGAUUUAUUGGGACGUCCUUACGCCGACUCGCUGGCACAUCAGGCGGCAGCCCACGAACAGCUGCAAAGGCAGAUGCUGCUAGAAAGAGACAGGUUCCCCCCGCACCCCUCGAUCGUUGCCCAACACGAGGAGUACCUCAGGCAACAGAGAGAGCGCGAACUUAAGGUGCGGGCUCUGGAGGAGGCCGCCCGCGGAUCCAGGUCAUAAAAAUAAAAUCGUUCACAACUAUUGGGCCAAAGUCUUCUACGCCACAGGACGUAAAACGUAGAACGGCAAUUUUUAAACCCUUCUAAACCGGAUUAGUUUUUGGUUCGAUUAUUGUUGCAAUCAAGGUUGCUGGUCUCAAGAACUACUUUUUAUUUUUUACAUUUUUUAUUUUAUGUAUGUAUGAUUCCUUAAUGUAUAUUUUUAAGUUACCAGCUUUAAGGUAAAACUUUAUAUUUAUACAUUUUUUAAAACAAGCUUAUUUUACCUAGAAAGCUUUAAAUAGAUGAUUGUUAGUUCAAAAUUUUUUUUUGGACUAAUGUACAUACUAGAGUUAUAUUCCUGACUUUUUUAGACGUAUAUUAGGGCAAAAUACCAUAUUUUUAUUCACCUGAAUGUAAAAUAUUGUUAUUGAACGUAUAUAUUUUGCAUUAUUUUUUAAAUUUCCGGAUGUAGUUAAUUGACAAAAAAAAUUAACCUCAAACCACUUUGAACUAUCACAAAGGUACCAUAG